AUGAAUUCCAACUCUUCCACAUUUACUGUUAAUGAAAUUAUUUGGUUACUUAAUGGUACGUUAACUAUUAUUGUCAACGCUAUCCUGUUAGGAAUUAUAUGUUUUAAUCGAAAAUUAUGGAACUUUAGUAAUACUGUCGUGAUAAGCAUGUGUGCAACUGGAAUCCUUUGGUCAUUAUUGUACAUUCUACCACGUUGGGCGUUUGUUAAUUAUACCUCUCAAAAUUGGCUCUUUUGCUCUAUCUUGCCCCAGAUUGGUAUCUUUUUUAUCACUAUCCUCAAUCUUCAUCUUGUUCUCAUCAGCUUAGAUAAACUCUUUGCUAUUUUGUAUCCAUUCAAAUAUAUCAAAUUUGCAACCAUCAAUGCAUCAUUGGUAGGCAUCAUUUUAAUUUGGUUGAUUCCUGCUUUCGUCGCUGUUUUACCCUUUAUAACAUUUCGUCAAUUAUCACCGCCUGAUUGUAAAAGAUCAGUGAGUAAUUCAACGACAGAAAUCGAUUACCUAAUCGCUGUAUUUAGUUUAUUAUUUUUCGUUCCCUUAGCAUGCAUGUUAUUGUGCUAUACCUACGUCUUCCACAUCGCUAAUCAACAAUUAAACAAGUUACAUAUGGAAGCUAAAAUUAGCCAUUCUUGUCGGAUUAAAGUGAGAAAUGUUAAAGCUGCUCGUCGUCUAUCUAUUAUUGUUGCCGUCUUUACUGUCAUGUGGUUGCCUUAUGUGAUUACCUUUUUCGUCUACUCUGUUGCAGGUGACAAAACUGCCAUAUCCCAAAAUACUAUUCCCGUCUUUCGUUAUUUCGCCUUUUUUUACCCUAUAUUUAAUCCAAUUCUCUACGGCUUCUUUAACAAUAACAUUCGGACUGCUUUUGUUACUUCACGUAUAAUAGCACUUUGUCGUCGAAUAGGUCGGAAAAGUAACACAUAUACACAGCAUGAAUCCUCAUUUCUUCAAGCUGUUGGUAAAAUGAUUUAUACGAAUGCAAAGAGAUGA